AUGUCAGCUCUCCAGGGCCUAUUCAAGUACAUUGAUGAGAAUCAGGAUCGUUAUGUUAAGAAACUGGCAGAAUGGGUGGCCAUCCAGAGCGUGUCUGCCUGGCCCGAGAAGCGCGCCGAGAUCACAAGGAUGAUGGAAGUUGCCGCUGCAGACAUCACCAAACUUGGGGGCUCUGUGGAGUUGGUAGACAUUGGGAAACAAAAGCUUCCUGACGGCUCCGAGAUCCCACUUCCACCUGUUCUGCUCGGCAAGCUGGGCUCAGACCCCCAGAAAAAGACUGUGUGUGUGUACGGGCACCUGGAUGUGCAGCCAGCAGCCCUAGAGGAUGGCUGGGACAGUGAGCCCUUCACCCUGGAGGAGCGCAACGGGAAACUCUAUGGGAGAGGCUCCACGGAUGACAAGGGGCCAGUGGCUGGCUGGAUGAAUGCAUUGGAAGCUUUCCAGAAAACCAACCAGGAAAUCCCCGUGAACGUUCGAUUCUGCCUGGAAGGCAUGGAGGAGUCAGGCUCCGAGGGCCUGGACGAGCUCAUCUUCGCCCAGAAGGAUGACUUCUUUAAGGACGUGGACUACGUCUGCAUCUCUGACAACUAUUGGCUGGGCAAGAAGAAACCCUGUGUCACUUAUGGCCUCCGGGGCAUCUGCUACUUUUUCAUUGAGGUGGAGUGCAGUGACAAGGAUCUCCACUCGGGCGUGUACGGGGGUUCAGUCCAUGAGGCCAUGACGGACCUCAUCACCCUAAUGGGCUCCCUGGUGGACCGGAAGGGGAAGAUUCUCAUCCCUGGCAUUAACGAGGCCGUGGCGCCAGUGACGGAGGAGGAGCUGGCGCUGUACGAGGACAUUGACUUCGACGUGGAAGAGUACGCCAAGGACGUGGGCGCCGAGACCCUGCUGCAUGGCUGCAAGAAGGACAUCCUGAUGCACCGGUGGAGGUACCCGUCCCUCUCGCUGCAUGGCAUCGAGGGCGCCUUCUCCGGCUCGGGAGCGAAAACCGUGAUUCCUCGUAAGGUGGUGGGCAAGUUCUCCAUCAGACUGGUGCCGCACAUGACCCCCGAGGUCGUCAGCAAGCAGGUGACUAACUACCUGACCAAGAAGUUUGCGGAGCUGCAGAGCCCCAACAAGUUCAAGGUGUACAUGGGCCAUGGCGGAAAGCCCUGGGUGUCAGACUUCAACCACCCACACUACAUGGCCGGGCGGCGAGCGCUGAAAACAGUGUUUGGGGUCGAACCAGACUUGACCCGGGAAGGUGGUAGCAUCCCGGUGACACUGACCUUCCAGGAGGCCACAGGCAAGAACGUCAUGUUACUGCCCGUGGGCUCGGCCGAUGACGGGGCCCACUCCCAGAACGAGAAGCUCAACAGACACAACUACAUAGAAGGAACAAAGAUGCUGGGGGCCUACCUGUACGAAGUGUCCCAGCUGAAGAACUGA